AGCCUCUCCGGCAACUCAUGCAAUUUGAACCCCCACAUCACACAUAUCUGUGCACUUCUUUUCUCUUCUCUCUUCUGUCUUGUAUAUAUAUUUUUUUCCUUUAUUUCCUGUGACUGGUAUUCGGUCUCAUGCAUCUAUUUCUCUUAUGUUGUACUCACCUGACAGCACCAAACAGAAGAAGAUAGUUUUUAGCCAUGCAGCGCAAAUUCAACAGCACCAACGCACAGGCACUCGCCGUGUACCAGGCGCUGCAGCAAAACGGCAGCCUUGGCGCCGCCCUCGACGACGACUCCCCUACCGGACUGUACCUCUCCUCUAACGCCCCAGCAAACGGCGACCUGUCCUUCCCGCCAGCCCUGCUGGAGCGCCUGACUAAAGGACUCGACAAGGGUGGCAUGGGCAGCAUGGUGCUCGACCCGUUCUGCUCCUACGACUACGCAGACCGUCGUCACAUCCGCAACUUCUCCAUGUCCAUCCCAAUUCCGUUCAGCGCCUUCGACGGUAUCCGGCGCAGCAAGCAUCAGGUGCAGCUGACCGCCGCACAGGAGGAGAAUGUGCUCAAGUCAUUUGAUAAGCUACUGAGCAGCGAUGACGGCAAGAAGGCGGGCGGCGGUAGCAGCGGCGCGCUGGCGGCCAAAGGCGCGCGCGAGAUUUCGGUGGCCCUGCCGUUUGUGAGCGCCUUCUUUGACCAGCGCUGCCCGGAGCUGCGCAACGGCGUGCUGACCAGCUCCCGCGAGGGCGCCACGUACCUCCUCCUGUCCGUCAUCACUGGGCACAAGGAGUUGUGCGCCAAGUGCCUCAAGACGGGUGCGAACCCGAACAACAUGUCGUUCUUGCGCGAUGAGGUGCCCGCGCCGGGGGAUAUGUUCCACGGCUACAGCCCCGUCUUCAUGGCGGUACUGGCAGAGCAGCUGGAGAUUUUGGAUUUGCUGAGCAGCUGCGGCGGCAGCGUGCACGUCUACGACCGCUGGGGCCGCACCCCGCUGCACGCCGCCAUGGCCAUGGAGAGCGUCGAAACGGUGCAGUGGCUGCUCGGGAAGGGCGCCCCGCUCUACAUCCCGGACGGGUUCGGCAUUCUGCCCGCGGACAACUGCGUCGGCAACCAGUUCGCGGACUACUCGAUGCCCAUGCUGGCCCUGCAGGCACCGCCGACGUGCCCGCCGCUGAGUUACUUCGCCGAGACGUCGAAGAGCUGGAUCUCGCCCGACCAGGAGGCGGGCAAGGAGACGGACAAGGCUGGCAGAGGCAGCGGGGCAACGGAGAAGACCAUCACGGCCUCCAGCCCUGCCGCUGCCGCAACCACGACUACAAUCUCCUCUGCCAAAGCCGAUGCCGCCAAGUUCGAGCUGUGCCACUGCCACUCCGGACGUCCGGCGGGGUACUGCGGCUGCGUGGACGACAUGCUGGUGCGGUGGUCCCGUGAUCGACUGGACACGGAGUGGAGUCCCGGGGUGGACUUCAGCGCACUGGCGAAGAAGCAGGCCGUCACCGAGGAGGAGCGAAAACGGGCCGCCUUCAAUACGGGCAGUCGAGGCAAAUCGUAG